AGACAUUCGGAGCAAAUAAGAGCAAAAAUGGUUCGACAUUUCAUUGCCUUUAUAGGUUUAUUAUUAAUUUUGAUGAGUUGCCGUUGGACGAAUUGCUCCGCUGCUGCUCUUACAUUGGAAGAAAAAUUUCGAGAUUUAGAAUUGCGACUAGAGACGACAGAGGCCAGAAGUGUCCAAGUUGAAGAAAAGGUGUCCCAACUAGAGGCUCAACUUGAACUAAAUAACGAAAUAAGAAAUAAUUUGAAGUUUCAAGUAACAAAAUUGGAGGAUAAAAAUGUUCAACUGGAAUUUAAGAUACAAGAGCAGGAAAAACUUUUAAAUUACCUGCUGCGAAAAACCAGCAAUCGCCCAGUUCCAAUAGCUGAUUCAUUAUCAGUUCCAAAUAAUCUUAAAAUUCCAGUUCAAUCGACUGGUAGUAGUAAGAGUGGAACCCCAAGGACAUGCAAGGAACUCCGCGUAAUUGAUCCGUCACUUCCAUCCGGAAUGUAUUCCAUCGAUCCGGACGGCCAAGGCGUAGGCGAAAACCCAAUCAACGUUUACUGCGACAUGACGUCAGGAUCGACUUCAAUUCUACAUGAUAGCGAAUCUGCCAUCAACGUGGGACACUGCGCCGAUCCCGGAUGUUAUUCACGAUCCAUCAAAUACAACGCAUCUAUCGGGCAGAUUAGAGCUUUGGCCGAAUUAUCGUUUGAAUGUCACCAACCGAUUAAAUACGAUUGUUACUACGCCCCGUUCGAGUUUAAUGCCAUCCCCUACGCCUGGUGGAACGACAGAGACGGAAAUCCCCAAUACUUUUGGGCUGGAGAUAACACGGAGGAAAAUCACACUUGUCAGUGUGGAAUUGACGGAAAUUGUGUCGAUAAUUACGCAAAGUGCAAUUGCGAUGCGGCUGUUUACGCGCAAUUAGUCGAUGAUGGAGUCAUCACUAACAAAAAUAUUCUGCCGGUCACUCGCCUGAAUUUCGGGCGAACUCAGCUCGAAACUUCGUCAGGCAUCCACACGCUAGGCAAAUUCGAAUGUACCGGAACGGUCGCCCUGACCAGAAUGCCCACGUCUUGCGAGGAUCUUUGGUUAGUCGGCCACACCCUCAAUGGAUUUUAUUCCGUCAUGGGAUCGGCGAUGAUGGAAUCUGUUUACUGUGAUUUCACUAAACUCCCUGGCAAUGACGGUUUUCAGAAAUGGAUUGGAUACGCCGACGUCAAAUCAGCGCCCGUCCAUUUCUACGUCCAUAGAAAUUCUUCCUUUAACUCAACUGGAAUUCCGAUUCCGUUCGAUUUGGCGCGGGUGAACGAGGGCAAUGCCAUGAAUUUGACAUCAGGGAUAUUCACGGCACCGUGCAAUGGAAUUUAUUUCUUCUCAUUUGCGGGGCAUGCGCGAUUUCCAUCUUCAUCAUCAACUGUUCUAUUAUUAGAAGUUGAUUUUUAUUUGAACAACAAAUUUGUCGAGAUAGGUUACUUAAGUGAGUCAAACACCGUCGCUGGUCAAUGGAGUCCGUUGACCCUUCAGUCGACGCUGAACUUGAAAACAGGCGAUCAACUCUGGGUGCAGAUAUAUGGCAUGUCACCGGGGGUGUAUUUGUUUGACAACGUUAACCCCUUCACUCAUUUCACGGGUUUCAUGUUGGAGGAGGAAAUUGUCGCGUCCCUUUGAGAUUUGGUGUUGAACAUUCAAAAUACGCAAAACGAUCGUCGAACCAGACAUUUUUCUUUCGAGUUUAUUUAGAAGAGGGAUUGGUAGAUAAUUCCUCCAAUUCUAAUUCAUUAACGGACGGGAAUUUCUUUGAAAUAUUUUACUGUGUAUAUUUAUCCAAAUAGAUUU